AUGGCUUCGCGAGCUCCCUUGCGGUGCCUCGCCAGGCCCUCCCGCCAUCUAACACAACGGGCUGCCCGCCAGAGCCUCAACUCCCUCCGCGCGAGCAGCACCGGCAUCCGUCCCGCGACGGCCCUCCGCGCUUCAUUCCCCCUCGCCACAGCUCGCCGCAACCUCUCCACCUCGAGACCCCGGCGGAACGAUGAAGAGGGAGAAGCGGAAGAAGCCUUCGACCCCUCGUCCAUCGAGCGCGAGGCCGACCAGCAGCUGGCCAACGAGGCGGGCAACGAGGACUUUCGGGUGCUGCUGCUAGAAAAGGCGGGCGAGAUCGGGGCGCACAUCAUGUCGGGCGCCGUAAUACAACCGACCGCCAUCGAGGAGCUCUUCCCGGAUUGGCUCGACGAGGAUAACCCCAAUAGGUUCGAGUUCGCGACCCCGGCCGGCGCCGACCACAUGAAGUUCCUCACCAAAACCAUGUCGAUUCCCCUCCCCACGCCGCCCCAGAUGCAUAACCACGGAAACUACAUUGUCAGCUUGAACCAGGUGACCAAGUGGCUGGGCGAGCGGGCCGAGGAGCUCGGCGUCGAAAUCUACCCCGGCUUCGCCGCCGCCGAGGUCCUCUACACCCAGGAUGGCACCGUCAUGGGCGUGGCCACCAACGAUAUGGGCCUCGCCAGGGACGGCCAGCCCAAGGACUCGUUUGAGAGGGGCAUGGAGUUCCACGCCAGGGUCACGCUCUUUGGCGAGGGCUGCCACGGCAGCUUGACGAAGCAGGUCAUCAACAAGUUUGACCUGCGGCGCGACUCGCAGCACCAGACUUACGCCUUGGGCAUCAAGGAGGUCUGGGAGGUGCAGCCGGAGAAGUUCAAGAAGGGCGACAUUACCCAUUCCAUGGGCUACCCCUUACCCAAAGACGUCUACGGCGGCGCCUUCAUGUACCACUUUGGUGACAACCUCGUCACCCUCGGCCUUGUUGUCGCGCUCGACUACGAGAACCCCUGGCUCUCGCCGUACCAGGAGUUCCAAAAGAUGAAGCAGCACCCCAUCUACCGAGAUGUUCUCGAGGGUGGCAAGUGCAUCUCGUACGGCGCCAGGGCGCUCGUCGAGGGCGGCCUCCAAUCCAUUCCCAAGGUCAUCUUCCCCGGCGGCGCCCUCGUGGGCGACUCGGCCGGCUUCAUGAACGUCCCCAAGGUCAAGGGCACUCACAACGCCAUGAAGUCGGGCAUCCUGGCCGGCGAGGCCACCUACUCGGCCCUUACCGACGGCGACGAGAGCGGCGUCUACCUCUUCCAGUACGAGGACGCGCUCAAGAAGUCGAGCAUCUGGAAGGAGCUCAACGAGGUCCGCAACAUCCGCCCGUCCUUCCACACCCCGCUCGGCCUCUACGGCGGCAUCGCCUACUCGGGCCUCGAGGCCCUGAUUCUCAAGGGCAGGGUUCCCUGGACCCUCAACCACAAGAAGCCCGACUACGCCGCGACGAAGCCGGCCGACAAGUUCCCCAAGAUCGAGUACGAGAAGCCGGACGGCAAAAUCACCUUUGACAUCCUCACGAGCGUGUCUAGGACGGGGACGAACCACGAGGAGGACCAGCCCGUCCACCUCCAGGUCAAGGAUUGGGACGCGCACGCCCAGGCGGCCUACCCCUCGUUCCAGGGGCUGGAGGCGCGGUUCUGCCCCGCCGGCGUGUACGAAUAUGUCGAGGACGAGUCCAAGGAGCUCGGUGUCCGGUUCCAGAUCAACUCGCAAAAUUGUAUCCACUGCAAGACAUGCGAUAUCAAGGCCCCUCAGCAAGAUAUCAACUGGACUGUGCCUCAGGGAGGCGAGGGCCCCAAGUAUUACCUGACAUAG